AUGCAAAGUCUCAUACGACAUCCGGAACGCAAUUCGAGCAACAUCUUGCGCGCAGACAUUCUCACCGAGGCUCCAGCAUCGUCCGAUCCAGCCGUGGGAACAAGAGGGUGGAAAAAGCAGUGGACGAUCCGAAGAGCGCUCCUUCCACGCAGACCCAAUCUGGACUGGAGGAUGGAACAGGACUGUUCCUUAUUCUACCGCUAUCGUAGUGCUUCCUCCUCGACUCCUACAGAACAGCACCAUGCGCAUGCAGACGACGAGACGGAGGGUGUAGCAGGGGAGGUGGAAGAAGUAGUAGUGGUGUACACACCCUUGGUGGGCGAUGUAUCGCAUCCAAAGAUGGACGUCUUUGAUGCAGCGGCAGUCGCGAUGGGCCAGACCCCACCCAGCGAAGCAUACAUUCCAUUCUACCAUCCCAAAGUGCGCGCUCUAGCGUUCCACUACCAGCCGACCACCUUCCGACCUUCCAACUCCGAUGUUGGUCACGACGAUGACGACGAUCCAAUCUUCGGCCGGAUGGCGAUCUCGCUCAUCCCCUUUCCUCCCUCGUCCGUCUUCCCACCAACACAUCGUCUUUCGCGAGUCGGACUCUCGUUGCUCACCACACUGCACAUGCAUACCUGGGGAGACAUGCACAGCUACCAGAAACGCGUCCAUCACGAUACGAUCAUCCCACGCAGCCUGUACCAGGAUCUGUACCUGUCGCUGAAGGGCAAGUAUGCGAGCGAGCUCAUUGCCGGGUGGAAGGAGGCGACCGACCCGGCGAAGCAUGUGUUCGAAGAGAUGGGCAUUGCGGCGUACCUCAUUGGGCUGUGGUCGCUGUCCUACGCCUGUGGGGGCACGGACGAGGGGUGGAAACACAAAGUCAAGUUUGUCGACGUGGGAUGUGGUAACGGAUUGCUGAGCUACAUCCUCGCUCGCGAGGGGUUCAGCGGGAUAGGCCUCGACAUGCGCGCGCGCAAAAGCUGGGCCCAGCACACCUCGCACGCCGUCUUGCGAGAAUGGAUGUUCGACCCCUCGGCUCUCCCCUCGGCAAGCUCGGCCGAAUGGACAGGUGCAUGGCUCAUCGGCAACCACGCAGACCAACUCACGCCCUGGCUCCCCCUCCUCGCCACACACUCAAACGCGGCAGGAUUCAUCAACCUCCCCUGCUGCUACUACGCACUCGACGGCACGCGCGAGUUCCCGCUCUUGUUGAAAGCGCAGCGUGCAGCACAAGUGUCGAGAAACGAACAGUAUCUCGCGUACAUUUCCAUGCUGCACGAGAGGUUUGCGUGGCAAGUCGAGCUGGAUCCGUUGAGGAUUCCGAGUACCAAGAAUUGGUGUUUUGUCGGCCGAAGGCGGCUGCGUGUUUCGACGGAGAAGGGAGACGAGACAGAAGUGUUGAGGGAGAGAAUCCAGGAGUGUGUGCAGGAAGCUCUGCGUGGCUCGUGGGCGAGCCCAGCGUCCGUCUAA